AUGCCGUACACUCAUCGUCGUCGGCGCUCCCGUGAGUCUCCUCCGUCGCUUCACCGUGUGGUACCCAACGGAGACUUCGUCGAUGUCGAAAAGACCAAGCCCUGCGUAUGUGUCGUUGGUGUGGGCUUCGUUGGCGAGUCCCUACUGCGAGAAUUCAGCCGCGUUUUCUGUUCCAUUGGAUUCGACAUCUCCGAAAAGCGCAUCGACGAGCUCAGGCCGUCGUUCAAGGGCCAGGAGAACGCGACGUUGACCACCGACAAGGCCGUGCUAUCCAAGGCGACUCAUUACCUCAUUUCCGUCCCUACGCUGCUGAAGGAAGACCACUCGGUGGACCUUUCGCACCUCCUUUCGGCUGUCAAGAUGGUCCUUUCGUACGCUCGCCCCGGUUGCGUCAUCGUCAUCGAGUCCAGCGUUUCCAUUGGCACGACCCGCCAUCUGUUCUCUAGGUACAAGGAAAUAUUCCAAUGUGGGAUGUCGCCAGAGCGUGUCGACCCCGGACGUGUCUCGCCAACAGCCAAGGAGAUUCCCAAAAUCAUAUCAGGAUUGACACCCAGGUCACUGGACGCUAUCCAGGCCGUUUACAGCAGAGUCUUCGAUACAGUCGUCCCGGUCAGCAAGCCAGAGGUGGCAGAAAUGACCAAGCUGUUCGAGAACUGCUACCGCAUGGUCAACAUAGCAUACGUCAACGAGAUGGCUGAUGCGGCGCGUUCGCAUGGUGUUGACCCAGAAGAGAUGAUCGCGGCGGCGACGUCCAAGCCAUAUGGCUUCACUCCGUUCCACCCCGGGCUCGGAGUUGGUGGCCACUGCAUCCCAGUCAAUCCGUUCUACCUCUUCGCCAAUAACAAGAAUCUCCCUGUCCUCGAAAAGGCAACCACAAAGAUGUGGCAGCGUCCCGGCAGGAUUGCACGCGGCUUCCAUCGUCGCACCAGUCCUGCGCAGAUGGGGACUCUUCCACGCAUUCUCGUUGUUGGUAUGGGUUUCAAGCCUGGUCAAUCCGUUCUUUCCUGCUCGCCAGGUGUUGCUUUUGCCGAGAAGCUGCGCAGCCUUGGGUGUGCCCGCCUUUCAUUCUACGACCCGCUGGUCUCGAAUGAACAGCUAGAUUGGAUGGACAAGCUCGAAGAUGAACAGUGGACGCCGGAGUAUAUCGAUGCGCAUUUUGAUGCCGUUGCAAUAUGCAGCCGCCAAACCGGAGUCGAUAUCGGCGUCAUCACAAAGCUCCAGAAAGCAAAGGUGCAAGAGCUGAAGUAG